AUGAUCAUCGAAGUCGAAAACUUUGUGUCAAAACAUGUGAAACCUUCUAUACCAACGUCCACCAUCAAUCGUUACUACACCAUUUCCUUCCUUGAUGAACUAGCCCCAACGUUAAACGUUCCUCUCAUUCUCUACUAUUCGGCGCCAUCAAAUAGCUUGAAUGGACUGUUUGGGAACACUAUUUGUGACCAUUUGGAAGAUACUCUAUCGAAAACCUUGAUAGAAUUUUACCCAUUUGCUGGGAGGUAUAUUCGUAAGCUUUCAUUGAUUGAUUGUAAUGAUCAAGGUGUAUUGUAUGUGUUAGGAAAAGUGAAUAUCCGGCUCUCGGAUAUACUAAGCCUAGGAGAAACGUUGGAUCCGGGUUUGCUGAAUAAUUUUCUCCCGUGUGAGAUUGGACAAGCUGAUGAAGUAGAUGAUCCUUUGUUAUCUAUCAAAGUGACUACUUUUAAGUGUGGUGGUUUUGCAAUUGGUAUGUGUGUUUCUCAUAGGAUAUCGGAUAUGGCUAAUACGUGCAACUUCGUUAACAGUUGGGCCGCUAGAAGCAAUGGUGAACUUAAAAAUGAAAGUCACUCCCCUAUUUUCAACUCGACGGUUUGGUUCCCCCAAAGAGGCUUAGCUCAGCUCGACCUAAGAAUACCUAGGUCGAGCGUUGGAAUUAACAAAGUGGCACGAAGGUUUAUCUUUAAAAAGGAGGCGGUAUCAGCCAUGAGACAAAAUUUUGGUUUAGAUACAAAUGGGUCAUGUAGACCAUCAAGAGUUCAGCUGAUUGUGGCGCUGAUGUGGAAGGCCAUUGUUCGCAUAGAUCAAGCAACCAACGGCCGAUCUAAAGCAUCUUUUCUAAUCCAACCAGUUGAAUUAAGGAAAAAAGUAGUCCCUCCAUUACCCACAAACUCUUUUGGCAACUUUUGGGGUCUUGCAGCUUCUAAACUCAAACCUGGUGAAGGUGAUAAAAUGAGUUUUCGAGAUUUUCUAACGAUUUGCCAUGACUCGGUUAAGAAAACAUCUAGAGAUUGUGCCAAAAUAUUGACACAUGGUGAGGAAGGAUAUAAGAUUGUUAUUGAUCCCUUUCUCGAGUCUACUCGAAAUAUGGAGGAUAUCAAUGUGAACUUCUACUUGUUCACUAGUUGGUGCAACUUUUCGUAUUAUAAAGCUAAUUUUGGUUUUGGCAAGCCAAUUUGGGCAACCCCCGGAAAGCUUCCAGCCCAGAAUUCUAUGUUAAUGAUGGAUGGUUGUGAAGGUGACUCCAUAGAAGCAUGGGUUCAUUUGGACAAGAAACGUAUGAAUGAAUUAGAACAAGAUCCUGAUAUCAAAGCAUAUGCAAUAUAA